CGUCGUCGUCGUAUUCUUCGUAUUCGUUUUGUAACAGCGCGUUUUGAUAAUUAAUUAUUGCAAGUAAAAUUAUUAUCGAUAGUCAUUCCAAAGCGCUGCCGAACGAACGAGAUGCUCGACAGUGGAAUACAAAAUAUUAUGAACUGUUCAUUCCUAACCGCGGUAAGUCACCGACGGCAUAAUAUUAUACGGAUAACGCGUUUGCUUCUAGGUCUGCCUUUGGCUGUGCAGCGGAUUGUGCUGUGGCGCUCCCGCGGCGGGCCUGCUUCCACCUCACCGGCGGCCGGCCAUAGUCGACCCGCACCCGAUGUCGCGGGUGGCCACGUUGCAGCCCGUAAGAAGUCGUGGAUUUGCUUCACAGCAGCAGCAGCAAAGGAAGUUGGCGGCAGCGGGGACCACGGUGUCAGUGGCUCCGGAGGACAGUGGACAGCCAGUGGAUCAGGACGCUGCGGACACGGUCGGCUUUAACAUCGGGCUGGGCUUCGGGCUGGACACGCCGCUCAUCGAUUCACUGCUUGAACGGUUGAUUAGGCGUAAACAGCUCCUGAUGGCAGCGGCCGCGGCCACGUACCCAGGAGCAGGAAAUUGGGGUGUGGCUGGCGGUGGCAGCGGAGGUUACUUUCCAGGACCAGCGGUCGUAUUCCCGUACAGUGGAGCAGGUGGAGGCGUGGGUGGUAGCGGAGGCGGAAUUCUUCCAUGGAACAGGCCCACCGCAUAUCCGCUCCCGUUCGUGCCAUCCCUGAACCCAUUCGGUGGUGGUGGCAAUGGAGUUGGCGGUGGAGGUUGGGGUGGUUUCGGCAGUAAUGGCAUCGGCGGCGGUGGUUGGGGUGGUGGUUGGGGUAGUUUCAACCCGCUGUUCGAUUUUGACGAUUUCGGAUGGAAGAACAAUAACGCACAACAAUAAGUCCUCUCAAAUAUUACAUAAAAAUAAUCAUUGUAAUAAUAAAUUAUUUAUACAUUAUAUAAAAACAAAUCUGAGUAACAUUAAGAAAAUACAAUCUAAUAUAAAUAAACAUGUAUACUCGUAAGAAAAAGGAUUUUUGGUCAGAAAAAUUAAUUUUAUACUCAACUCGAUAAACCUAGCAAGUAACUCGAUAGAUUAUCAAAAUUUUUUUUAAUAUAAAUUGACAGAGUAACUAUUAGGUUUAGCUGUUUUUAAAUAUAUAUACCAAAUCACAAUGUAGGUACGCGUUAUUAUAAUUAACUAACAAUAUAUCAUUAAUAUAUAUAUUUUUCAAUUUGUUAAAUCUUAGCUUAAUUUAUAUAAACUUAAGGCUGUGUCAUUACUAAGUUACUUUUCAAAAAUUAAUUUGGAGGUAUCUCCAACGAAAUCAGAUAUACCCGUUGAUAUUAAUCGAUAUUCAAAUAUAAUUUAAUAUAUAACUCAUUGUAUUUAUGAGAGUAUGGAAUGUGUUACUAGACAAUAAACUCAUAACCUAUGUAUGAAUAUACUUUAUUUUUGUAUUAUUUAAUACCUUUAUCAGCUAAUGGAAAAAUUACAUCGCGAAACAUGACGGACCGUGUACGAUUGUCGGAAAAUUGGUACGGUUGUUUUGAACGUGGAAUAUUGGUACGGUCGUUAAAAACCAGGGUUUCUUAAACUAUGAAAUACAAUCAUAAAGCAUCUGCACAUUAGAUAAGUACUGCAUGAAAUUGUAGGGAAGUAUUAAUCUAAUCUACAACUAUCAAGUAUGAUUAAUGCUUUAGCGUUUUAACUCUCAAYGAAGUAUCCAGUGGAAUGGCUUAUUUGUAUACAAUAAUUCCUAUAGAACUAUUGUUAGUGGCUAAAUACUUUGAUGACAUCUAUGUCAGUGGGGUAGACUACCAAAAAGUCCGAGGUAAAAAAGUCCUAGGAAAAAAAGUUCCUAGUAAAAAAGUCCGUGUUUAAAAAGUCCGAUAUA